AAACGUAAGUGCGUAAAAAGUGCUCACUAGUGACGGAUGCUGAAAGUUCCCGAGUCCUCUGAUGCGCUCUUCGGGACGCAGAGGCGGCGGUGACUGAAAUCCUGCUGCGCUUUCCUCUUCGCGCUCACGAAAUUAGGACGGACAGUUUGCGUUCCGCGCUAAAGAUUGUACUAGGAAGGGGACGGAAAAAAAAAAAGGAAAAAAAAAAAAAAAAAAAAAAAACUGGAGCUACACUGUCUUUGACUUUUUAAAGUUUCGCUCGAACGAAGCAGGGCAGCCAGUGCCGUGUGGUGGGAGUGUGGGAAGACAACAUGCAGGCGCGUUACUCCGUCUCCAGCCCGAACUCCCUGGGCGUCGUUCCCUACAUUAGCAGCGAGCAGAGUUACUACAGAGCGGCCGGGGGCGGCUACACGGGGAUGCCGGCGCCCAUGAGCAUGUACUCGCACGCGGCCCACGAGCAGUACCCCGCGAGCAUGGCGCGAGCCUAUGGACCGUACACGCCGCAGCCUCAGCCCAAGGAUAUGGUGAAACCGCCGUACAGUUACAUCGCCCUCAUCACCAUGGCAAUCCAGAACUCGCCGGACAAGAAGGUGACCCUCAACGGGAUAUACCAGUUCAUUAUGGAGCGCUUUCCCUUUUACAGAGACAACAAGCAGGGCUGGCAGAACAGUAUCCGGCACAACUUGUCGCUCAACGAGUGCUUCGUUAAAGUGCCCCGCGACGACAAGAAGCCCGGGAAGGGCAGCUACUGGACCCUGGACCCAGACUCGUACAACAUGUUCGAGAACGGCAGCUUCCUGCGGAGAAGGAGGCGCUUCAAGAAGAAGGACGUGCAGAAGGAGAAGGAUGAGCGGGAGCGGCAGGGCAAGGAGGCGACGUCCCGGCAGCAGGGUCGGGAAGCGGAGCAGCCGGUGCAGGGCACUCAGCCGGUGCGGAUCCAGGACAUCAAGACGGAGAACGGCACGUCGACGCCCCCGCAGGCCGUGUCGCCCAGCCUCAACGCGGUGCCCAAAAUCGAGAGCCCCGACAGCAGCAGCAGCAUGUCGAGCGGCAGCCCGCACAGCAUCCCGUCCAACCGAUCCAUGAGCCUGGAAACGUCGUCGGAGCAUCACCAUCACAGCCAGGCCCCGGCCCAGGGAUUCAGCGUGGACAACAUCAUGACCUCCCUGCGCGGGUCCCCUCAGGGCCCCAGCGAGCUCAGCUCCACCCUCGUGGCCUCCUCCAGGACAGGUAUCACCCCCUCCUUGUCCCUCAACUAUUCUCCCAGUCAGACGACGGUCUAUAGCUCGCCAUGUAACCAAAACGCCAUUUCCACGAGCUCGAACGCCACCUACCACUGUAACAUGCAAGCCAUGAGUUUGUAUGCCGGGGAUCGUCCGGGCCACCUGGCGCCCACGACCUCCGUGGACGACACGUUACCUGACUAUUCGAUCACCACCACCACCACGUCCACACUGAGCCACGGCAAUCUGAGCUCGGGUCAGGAGGGCCACCACCCUCACCAAGGGCGGCUGGCUUCGUGGUACCUCAACCAGGCUGGGGACCUGGGUCACCUCGGAGCUGCGUACCCCACGCAGCAGCAGAAUUUCCACUCGGUCCGAGAGAUGUUCGAGUCCCAGAGAAUUGGCCUGAACAACUCUCCUGUGAACGGGAAUAGCAGUUGUCAAAUGUCCUUCCCCUCGACCCAGUCCAUCUACCGCACGUCGGGGGCUUUUGUCUACGACUGCAGCAAGUUCUGACCAAGAUAUCAUGAUUAUUAUUAUUUUUUAUUAUUAUUAUUAUUAUUAUUAUUAUUAUUAUUUUUGUACCAGGCAAAAAAAAAAAAAAAGUUCCUUUACAAGUGCCUCUUCAUGGACUAAAAUUAUUCUGAGAGACAGAAAGCAUUAUCUUGCUUUGUAAAGGACAGUGUUACUUCAAAUAACACGUAAGUUUCUUCUCGCUUUUGAGAACUAUGAUUUAAAUAUUAUGUUAAAAAGGAAUAUGUUAAGCUUUCAAGGACUGUUUAUUAAGUGUAAAUGACAUUUACUAAUUUAUUGUUUAAAGAGAAGUUGGAUGUUGCGGACCAAACACCGAAGAAGUGUUUCUAAAUUGAACUGCCUUAAUUGUCCAGAAAAAAAAAAAAGUUCCGUUAUUAGAGGGGAACUUAUAUAUCCACAUACUCUUGUCCUUUUUUGUUGAAAGUAUUCUGAAGGCAUUGCAAUGUUUCUUUAAUAAAUUGCCAUUCUAUUUGAGUUAAAA